AUGGCUGCCGUUGACAGCUUCUACCUCUUGUAUCGGGAGAUCGCCAGGUCCUGCAAUUGCUACAUGGAAGCUCUGGCCUUGGUUGGAGCCUGGUAUACAGCCCGAAAAAGCAUCACCGUCGUCUGUGACUUUUACAGCCUGAUCAGACUGCAUUUCAUCCCACGCCUGGUGAGCAGAGCAGAUCUGAUCAAGCAAUACGGAAGAUGGGCAGUCGUGAGUGGUGCCACGGACGGGAUCGGGAGAGCCUAUGCAGAAGAGCUAGCAAGCCGUGGUCUCAACAUCAUCCUGAUUAGUCGCAACCAAGACAAGUUGCAGAUGCUGGCUAAGGACAUCGCCGACACCUACAACGUGGAGACCGAUAUCAUAGUGGCGGACUUCAGCAGCGGCCGGGAGAUCUACGACCCGAUUCGAGAAGCCUUGAAAGACAGAGACAUCGGCAUCUUGGUGAAUAACGUGGGCGUGUUUUAUCCCUACCCCCAGUAUUUUACUCAGGUCUCCGAGGACAAACUCUGGGAUAUCAUAAAUGUAAACAUUGCCGCGGCCAGUUUGAUGGUCCACAUAGUGUUACCAGGAAUGGUGGAGAGAAAGAAGGGCGCUGUUGUCACCAUCUCUUCUGGCUCCUGCUGCAAGCCGACUCCCCAGCUGGCUGCGUUUUCUGCUUCUAAGGCUUAUUUAGACCACUUCAGCAGAGCACUGCAGUACGAGUAUGCUUCUAAAGGAAUCUUCGUACAGAGUCUAAUCCCGUUCUACGUGGCUACCAACGUGACCGCACCCGGCAGCUUUCUGCACAAGUGCCCGUGGUUGGUGCCUUCGCCCAAAGUAUACGCACACCAUGCUGUUUCUACCCUUGGCAUUUCGAAAAGGACCACAGGAUACUGGUCCCAUUCUAUCCAGUUCCUUUUUGCACAGUAUAUGCCUGAAUGGCUCUGGGUGUGGGGAGCAAAUGUUCUCAAUCGCUCUUUGCGUAAGGAGGCCUUAUCCUGCAAAGCGUGA